AUGCCUCUGUUUGGAAAGCGCCAUGCCGCUAAGGAGGAGGGCUCUAUCCCUUCUACCGAGGCUGGCCAUCACGGUCGUCACCAUAAGCGUUCUCCGGCCGAGCCCUACUCCAUGUCUAAGCGGCCCAGUUUCGGGCAGUGGGUCAAGCACACCUGGCUAGACAUUGCCACGAUGGUCAUCAUGGGAGCACUGGGUCUAGGCAUCUACUUUGCCGAGCCUCGACCUGCCCGCUCGUUUGCUGUAACCUUCUCCAACGGUCAGGUAGUCUAUCCUCAGUUCGCCUAUCCUCUCCGCGAUGAGGUGGUCCCCAUUUGGCUGGCUGCAUUCCUGGCCUCCAUCGUCCCAAUCGUCAUCAUGGCCCUCAUGCAGAUUCGUGUGCGCUCCUUCUGGGACUUCAACAACGCCGUCAUCGGCAUUCUCUAUUCUCUCAUUACUGCCGCGCUCUUCCAGGUCUGGGUGAAGUGGCUCAUCGGUGGUCUCCGCCCUCACUUCCUCGACGUUUGCGAUCCGGACCCAGCCAAGAUGGGUAACGGCAACGGCGAGGGGUUCCAGAGGCUCUACUUUCGCCCCGAUAUCUGCCGAGGCGACAAGAAGCUCAUCAACGACGCACUCGAGUCCUUCCCUUCGGGCCACACGACGGCAGCAUUUGCUGGCUUUGGCUACCUCUACCUCUACCUUAACGCAAAGCUCAAGGUCUUCAGCAACUACCACCCUUCGCUCUGGAAGCUCGCUCUGACCUACUCCCCGAUCCUGGCCGCCGUCCUGAUUGGCGGCGCCCUGACCAUCGACGAGUAUCACAACUGGUACGAUAUUUUUGCCGGUGCCGCUAUUGGCAUUACCAUGGCUUUCAGCUCAUACCGCAUGACCUUUGCUGCCAUCUGGAACUGGCGUUUCAACCACAUCCCGCUGAACCGGACGGCCCCCUUCAACUACGACAGCUACAUGAAUGCCGAGCUUCUCCACGCCGUCGCCACUCGCAAGGCCGGCUGGGGCGGAGACGGCCUUGGUCACGGUCACCACGGGAAGCAUGCUACCGGCAUGGGCGCCGGUCAUGUUGGUAACCAUGAAGGCAUGGGACACCAUAAUGGAUUGGGCCCUCAUGACGGUGCCGACUCCAGCGUUGGUGGCCACGCUAACGGUGUGCCAGCCAACAACGGCUUCACACAGCCUAGGAGGCCUGUAGGAGGUUAUGGUGGUGACCAAAUGGUUUAA